ACGACAAGCGAGCAAGCAUGAUCCUCAAGUGCCUCGUCGUAUUUGCAUUGACUGAACGUGUUUUAAGUUCAACGGUGCUGGUGAGCACCAAGCCUACUUACAAAUGGACCGAUCCAUAUACUCAUGAAAAUUUGUUAUGUGAGAUGUGCGGGCAUGGUACAGUUGUGCUAACACGAUGCACCGCCACACAACAGACAGUGUGCAGGCCCUGCAUAGGUGACCAAUUCAUGAAACACUGGAACCGCUACACAAAAUGCCAUGGCUGCUACCACUGCGUAGAAGAUGAGCAUGAGAUACACCCGUGCAACGGCACGCACAAUCGAGUGUGUCAAUGCGACACUAACUAUUUCUUCAUGUUUGAAUUCUGCAAGAGACAUACCGAAUGCACCUUUGGGCACGGUGUGGUGAUAACAGGAACCCAUUAUCGUGAUUCAACGUGUGAAGAAUGUCCCAGGGGAUAUUUCUCUCCCACACUCUCUAGUACGGAUCGCUGUAUUGCACACACAAACUGCACUGAUGGUUUAGUGGUCAAUGUUCCAGGUAAUCGUUACCACGACACCCUGUGUACCUCCUGCAGUACAUAUGUUGGAACUACAGCAUGUGAUGACGCACUUAUUCAGUUUCUGGCACAUCAGAAGAUCGCAAAAAGAAAACUCAAAAAGUUUAUCCGUUCCCUUGUUACUACUGAAAAUGUUGACCAAUUACAUGCGGAAAUGUCAAACGGGAACAGGGGUAUGAUGUAUACAAAGUUAUAUCCUCUUCUGGUGAAAUGGAGAGGAAGAGUCCAGGGGAAGCAUGUUGCAGAGAUGAUCAUCUCAAAACUUGAAAAUGCAAAGUUGAAGAAUGUCGUAACAAGGAUAAAAAAUCGUUUUGGUGAAGUGUCAGCUGAGAUCACCUUUAAUCAUUUGCCCUGAAUGGUCCCCAAAAGACUUGUGUUUAAGGUCAAUAGCAUUUCAAAAGAGGGUUUUUAUUUUAUUCCAGGUUGUAGUUUGUUUAUUGGCCAUUGUGGGAUGCAAGGGAGUGAGAGACAAAACAAACUUGGUUUCCCACUUUUGCUGCCCAGUCCAUCAUCGGCUCCGAUCUCCCCACCAUCGAGGGGAUCUACCACAGUCGCUGCCUCAAAAAGGCUGGCAGCAUCAUCAAGGACCCACAUCAUCCUGGCCACACACUCAUCUCUCCGCUGCCUUCAGGUAGAAGGUAC